AUGAAGACUGACUUGGUGGGGAUCUCAGGCCAAAAGGAAGAGGUCAGCAAGGAGAAGGAGAUGCAUGGCAUCGAGCCAUUGAACAGGCAAGUCAGUCUGGACUCCAACAGGGAAGAUGGCAGAGCCACUCUCAUCCUGACCCUCACCCUCUGCAACGUGAGAAAGAUUGAGCUCUCUAAGGCAGCCAAAGUCUUUGAGAUGUUUGAAACUCAGAUCCAUCACUUGGAAACCAGACGAGCCAAAAAGCCCAAGAACUCUGCUGAUGAUCUUGACAUUUUUGUUGAAUGUGAAGUUCACAGUGCUGAUGUUAGUAUCCUUAUCACCUCCUUAAAGAGAGUAGCAGAGGAUGUGAAAACUAACAGAGAAGACAAAGUGCCCUGGUUCCCCAGAAGAAUCCAAGAUCUGGACAAGUGUCACCAUCUGAUGACUAAGUAUGAUCCCAGUUUGGACCAUGGUCACCCUGGAUAUGCCGACCUGGAGUAUAAGAAACGGAGGGCAUUCUUUGCUGACCUUGCCUUUAAUUACAGAGCAGGAGACCCUUUGCCACGCAUCGAGUACACAGCGCAGGAGACUGCAACUUGGAGAGAAGUCUACAGGAAGCUGAGCAGCCUUUACCCUACUCAUGCCUGUACGCAGUACCUGGACGCUUUCCAGCAGCUGGAGAAAUACUGUGGCUACCAAGAGGAUAACAUACCUCAACUUCAGGAUGUCUCCAGAUUUUUAAAAGAGAGAACAGGUUUCCAGCUGAGACCAGCUGCAGGACUGCUGUCUGCUCGUGACUUCCUCGCCAGCCUGGCAUUUCGUGUCUUCCAGAGCACACAGUAUAUACGGCAUUUCUCUUCUCCUAUGCAUUCCCCAGAACCAGACUGCUGCCAUGAGUUGUUGGGUCAUGUUCCCAUGUUAGCUGACAAGGAGUUUGCCCAGUUCUCACAGGAUAUUGGACUGGCUUCUCUUGGAUCAUCUGAAGCGGAGAUUGAGAAACUGGCCACACUUUAUUGGUUCACUGUGGAGUUUGGUCUCUGCAAGCAAAACAGAUCAAUCAAAGCUUACGGGGCAGGACUGCUUUCGUCUUAUGGGGAGCUUAUGUAUGCUUUAUCAAACAAGCCAGAGUACAAGCCUUUUGAUCCAGAAGUGACUGCAGUUCACCCCUAUCAGGAUCAAGCCUUCCAGCCUGUCUAUUUCAUAGCAGAAAAUUUGGAAGAUGCCAAGGUCAAGCUUCAAAACUACGCGAUGAAGAUCAAGAAGCCUUUUUCUCUGCACUACAACCCGUUCACCAGCAGCAUAGAGGUUAUGAACACACCUCAGAAAGUCAAGAGGGCACUCCGUCAAAUGAAAGAGGAACUGAAAAACCUCUGCUUGGCCCUUGAAAACCUCUCUUAA